UUUUCUGGCCACGAGGACACUGUCUUCUCGGUGGCCUUCUCUGCCGAUGGCAAGCAGCUCGUCUCAGGGUCUGAGGAUAAAAGUAUUCGCGUUUGGGACUUGUCAAGCAAAAGCCUUCAAAAGACCAUCAAAAUGCACUUUGGUGCUGUUCGAAGUGUUGCAGUAUCUGCAAAGGACAACACGUUGGCUUCGGGUUCGUUGGAUCAAACGAUCCGUUUGUGGGAGUUGGCUUCGCCCACUUCCCCCUCAAAGACGUUUCUCGCGCAUGCAAACAUCAUGUCGGUUGCCAUCUCGACAGAUGGUCGUUACCUAGCAUCGGGUGCGCAUGACAAUCUCGUCCGGGUAUGGGAUCUUGAGAGUGGUGACCUGGCACUGGAGCUAUCAGGCCAUGACUCUUCCAUCGCAUCCGUGGCUCUGUCACCUGAUGGUCGAUACCUGGCUUCGGGGUCUCUUGACAUGACGAUACGCCUGUGGGAUCUUAAAGGAAACCUUGUCGAAACUCUCGACGACCACAUCGGCUGUGUUCACGCCGUAGCUUUCUCGCCAAACAACUCUCGUCUUGCAUCCGGCUCAUCCGACAAGACAGUCAUCCUCUGGGACACGAGACCUGGCAAACCCAUCAAGCAACUUCUCUGCCUGCGCGGGCACACAGAUUUCGUUUGGUCUGUUGCCUUUACCCACGAUGGUGAGCGUUUGGCAUCUGGCUCUGCGGACAAGACCAUCAUAAUAUGGGAUGUAGCGACCAGCCAGAAGAUACAUGUUCUCCGGGGACACGAGGAUGCUGUGUUUUCUGUGGCUUUCUCACCGUCUGCGUAUAGGCUUGCGUCAGCGUCUAAAGAUAAGAAUGUGCGUAUUUGGGAGGCGGAGGAGGACUGAAUCUUCACGCGUCGAGGGCGUAAGUGUGAGGCUGAGGACGGGUACUGUGUGUGAGGAUGAAACCCGUCGUGUAGCGGACUUGGUGAGGGGGGAUUCUAACCUGACCUGCGGUUCGUGUAGAUAAAGCCUCCCCGUUGU